CGCACAGGUCACGUGUUGUUUGUGCUCGCGUACGUAGAGAUGUGUACAGAGAGGUAGCGAGGAACAGACUGAUAGCAAGCCUGAAGGAUCUAGCUACCGAUAAUAGAAACGGGUGAAUGUGGUCAUGUUGCAGUUGCUGGGCUUGAAUUCAUGGAUCAUUGGCAGGACUCCUAUUUUUCCUGAAGCGGCCUAGAGGAGCCUAUUAUUGGAAAGACCGAAACGCGCCACACCGCUGGAGACACGGUCUCCCCAAACAAGAAUGGGGUCUAACGUUAGGUUCUUACGGCUAAGGUAAAGUGACCUUUAAUUGUAGUACCUAAUGGCAAAGUUUACAAAUUACCAAGACAGCAAAGCAGCUAUGUUGAUGCUGGAGACACAACAGAGGGCUCUGGGGACUAAAUCUUCGGCCACUGCGGCCAACGGCGACACCUCGGCCGGGGAACCCUCAUCUCCGUUAAUUAAUAUUGGCGGCGCUCGAUUCCAACACUUGCCACCCUCCAAACCUCAGAACACCCAGCCGAAGGAUCACCAACAGUACCACUCUUCGCCUCAGCAACAGUUUUCUAGUGAAAAAUAUCACCAUGAAUCCCCGGUGAGGAACUCAACCUCAUGUAUUAACCCGGUAAUGUUAGAUGAGGAUUCCCCUGCCUCUGUUAGCAACGCACACACAGUAGCCACAGCCGCUUGUGCUGCGAAUGCUAACGUUAGUGCCAUUACCUCUUCAGACGGGGUGGAUGAUAUACGAAAGUGUGGCUACUUGAGGAAACAAAAACACGGACAUAAAAGGUUUUUUGUGUUGAGGGCUUCAAGUCAUCUCGGGCCUAGCCGACUGGAAUAUUAUGACAGCGAAAAGAAGUUCAGAAAUAGCGUUCGAUCUGCCGCUGCUGCUUGUGCUACGGCUGCCUCUUCAUCUGGAACCGCGACCACCUCCUCUCCAAAAAGGGUUAUUUAUCUAUAUCAGUGUUUUACUGUAAACAAAAGGGCCGACUCGAAGAACAAGCACCUUAUAGCUCUGUAUACUAAAGAUGAGUACUUUGCUAUAGUGGCUGAAAAUGAACAGGAGCAGGAAGACUGGUACCUGGCUCUGAGCGAGCAGAUGAGUGAGGGCAAACGGGGGCAUGUUGAUGCUGAUGACUUGGAUGAUGGCUAUGGCACAGUAUUACCAGGCACUGUUUUCAAAGAGGUGUGGCAGGUGAAUGUGAAACCUAAGGGUCUGGGGCAGAGCAAAAACCUGACUGGAGUCUACCGCCUGUGUCUCUCCUCGAAGAGUAUCCACUUAGUGAAGCUGAACUCAGAGACGCCGUGUGUCAACUUGCAGCUGAUGAACAUCCGCCGCUGCGGCCACUCGGAGAGCUUUUUCUUCAUCGAGGUGGGUCGUUCGUCCUCCAUAGGCCCUGGAGAGAUCUGGAUGCAGGUAGAUGAUUCAGUGGUGGCUCAGAGUAUGCACGAAACCAUCCUGGAGACCAUGAAGGCACUGAAAGCCUAUGCUGAGUUCCGGCCACGCAGUAAAAGCCAGUCGUCGGGUUCAAACCCCAUCGCGUUUAUCACAACACGGCGUCACCUGGGAAAUCUGCCACCCAGUCAGACAGGGCUUCAACGACGCUCCCGGACUGAGUCUGUGGUUGGCACUCCACCCAGCAGCAAGAGCAGCGCCGCCAGUGGCUAUCGCUUUCGAACGUCCAGCGAGGGUGAAGGUACGAUGAGCAGGCCCUUCCGCUCCGUGACGGGCAGUCUGCUCCACCUGAACUCUGCCCGCCUCAGCCUCGGGCGACAGGAGGGCUCGGCCUCCACCAGUGGUGGCAGCAGUGGUGGACGCUACGUGCGGGCCCUGGUAGGGUCCACCUACCACACGCGCUCGGCCUCACUGCCCGUCUCUCACUUCCCCUCCACCAGCAGUCCGGUCAGCGUGUCCAGCAGCAGUGGCCACGGCUCGGUGUCCGACACCCUCACGCGUCCCUCCAGUGCCUCUCUCUGUGGCUCGCCCAGCGACGGCGGUUUCAACUCCUCUGACGAAUACGGCUCCAGCCCUGGCGACGUGCGCUACUUCCGCGUGCGCAGCAACACGCCGGACUCGCUGGGCAACACGCCCCCGAUCCGCGAGGAGCACGGCCUGAGCGACUACAUGGCCAUGGGCUGGCAGCGGGACCCAAGCGGGGCGGCCGGAGAAAGCGCCCUACGAGACGACGGAGCGGAAGACGACCGACCUGCCAAUUCCGUACGCCGACGGACUCCCUCCUUCUCCCGCCAGGUUGGCGGCAGCGGAGGAGUGGCCAUGUACCAGAAGAUGACCCAGACUGCCCUCUCGCUGGACGAGGUGGCGGGAGAGGGAAGCCUGUCGUCUUCUCUCCGCUCGGACUACAGCUCCUCCUCAGACCACAGCCAGGCUCGAGCGCCUCAGGCUCCUCACAGCCCUGGCGCAGAUGACGGCUAUAUGCCCAUGAUGCCCGGCGUGGGCUCCGCCCUUACGCCAGUGAGCGACUCUGAUUAUAUGCCUAUGCAACCCAGGGCUGCGCUCUCCCCUACCCUGUCUCCACAGGCGCAUGGCUACAGGCAAUCCACCCAGCAGCAGGAGGAGGAUGCUCGGGGCUACAUGAUGAUGCUGCCACGUGCGGGGAGAUCGUCAGCGCCACAACCUGCCCAUCCUAGUAGUGCCAUCACAGAUCCACCUGGGCAUGGAGAGUACAUGGACAUGACUUCUGCGAGGGCGCAUCACCCUCCCAGCGAUGCCCACUGUGCGCGGGCCAUGGCGGAGGUGCCCGGCGGUGCGUCCACGCCGUACUUCUCGCUCCCGCGCUCCUACAAAGCCCCCGCCAGAGAGAACCACCCGCGGGACGAGUACGUGCCCAUGAGCUCGCCAGCGAAGCCCUCCGUCGACCCGUCUCCCCUAUCUCUCGCCAGCUGCGGCGGUGCCGACCCGCGAGCCCACAGUCGCGCCGCCGUCCGGCCCACGCGCCUGCCUCUCGGCCGGCGCAGCUUUCACGGCGCCCUGAGGGAGGCGCCCUCCAGCCCCGGGGAGUACAUCAACAUCCAGUUUGCCGAGCGCCCGCCCGCGUACGCGUCCCCCUCUGGCUCGGCCUUCUCCAGCGGUCAGGAGAGACAGCAGUCUGUGGCCCCCCCUCCGCCUCCCCAUCACCCGCAGGAUGACUACAUGAGCUUGGACGUCGCAGAAAGUUGUUCUCCCGCACAAGCACCACGUCCAUCCCUCGUAGCCCCCUGGAACCCCCCGACCUACAUCCGCCCAGUGACCUCAGCGGCAAGUGACCCGCCAGACGAUUACACGGAGAUGACCUUUGGCCUUGGCAGGGCUGAGGCUAGUAGUCCCACAGCCAUGCUUCAACAUCUCUGUGUCCUGGACCCACACUAUGCAGCGCCGCUCACCCCCCCGCAGGCAGAGCCAAAGGUCAUCCGUGCUGACCUGCAGGGUCGACGACGACACAGCUCCGAGACGUUUGCCUCGGCGUCGCCGGGGCCAACCAGCUCGGGGGGUGGCACCUGCACCAGUGCCACCUCCACUUACUCCUCGUCCUCGCGCCAAGCCGACAGUAACCGCUGGCAGAGCUCGGGGUCAUUCGACAACGUGUGGAUGUGUGUCGAUGGAUCCAACGCAACACAAGGCGCCGCCACCACCGCCGAAGCAGCUGCCCCGGCGGACGUAGCCGAGGGCUCGAAUCCAGUGUCCGGAUAUAUGUGUCGUGGCGUGUCCACGGGAUAUCAGAAUGGCCUCAACUACAUCGCCUUGGACUUGCAGGAAGAUGGCCGAGCCAGCGGUGCUCUCGACGUGUCCUCCUCACCUACUGCAGGUGUACCCCUCCUGGAGAACGGGGCCUAUGCUAGCAUAGACUUCACCAAAUCGGAAGGGCUCACAAGCACAUCUACAGAUUGAAGAUUUGGACCCUUUCGCUGGUUGAUGUCUUCUAAUUGGCCUGACUCCCCUCAUCUCCUCACUUAAAGACCGGCCAGACAGUGGCCUUCCAUUGACCCACCCACUGUUAUCGUUUGUUUUUCACUCGUUGUGCCUCAGCAAGCUGCUGCAUUGGCAUUUUUGAUUUGCAUUAAUAAUUUUGAAAAUGAUUACUAUAUUAUCGUCGAACAGCACAAAAAGGAAGAUAGACCCUGAAGCCCAGACUGGUUGGGACAGAUCUGGGGGGUAUAUCUUUAUAUAUAUAUAUAUAUAUAUGCCCCCGUUGUUUGCUGCCACAGAUAGAAGUUUUAAUUUUGACACCGAUCACUACAGGUACUGGCUUUGGCAUCUCUAUCGGAUUGGUAUCAGGUACUUUUUGUUUGUAUAAAUGAGUUUAUUUUGAAGAUUUCUUGUAGCGUUGUUUUUUUUCCUCUGAGGUGUUGUUCUCUGUUCCACAUAUGUUUCCGUGCAGCAACAUUUCCCUGUCCGUAAAUCACAAUCUCAGCUCCUUGUGUUUAAGUGAGAGAAAGUGUAAGUGUGUGUGUGUGUGAGUGAGAGAGAGGUAGGUGAUGACGUAAAGGGAUUCCAGUAACCCUCUGCCAAACCCCAGGUGUGAUGUGCUGUGCAUUCCAGCAGUUUGAUACUGCCCCCACUCUGCUCCACUCCUUCCUCCCUCUCCCCACAUCUGCACCUCCACAAGCUCUGCGCCCCACAUCUGCACCUCCACAAGCUCUGCUCCCCACUCACACCCAAACUCCACUCACAUCCACACCCAAACUCAACAACAUGCACACGGCCAAACCCCUCUUACACCCACACACCUAAACUCAUCCUGGCAUUGCCAAGAAUGCAGGGAUCGCUCAGAGAGAGGAUGGAAGGAAGGAAUGAAAGGAGGAGAGAAAUAGAGAAAGUAGGAUUUGCCCUGGAACUGAUCAAAAACCAGCUCAAAUCUAAGCCAGAGGAAGUUAUGACGCCAAGGCGAGCACUGGUCAGUUUAACACAAUGUAAACGGCACUAUUAUCUCUAUUGCCAAUAAAAAUAAUAAUAAUGAUAAUAAUAAUAACAAAGUGCAGCGAACCAACAGGCAACACCUCAGAGAAUAAAGGUGUGCUUUAUAUUUCAGAUGGUACAGGUGUCGUGGCAGGUAAAAACAGGGUUCUUUACUGUCAGGCCUGUAAGGGUGCAGGUUGAGGAUGCUGUUGGGGCAGGAUGCUAAUUGAACUGUUCAGUCCUCUAAUUAUGUGCCUCACCUUUAGCUCCUGAAUUUGGGGAAAGAAAAAAAAAGGCACAAAAAAGUUUCUAUGAAGUUAUGAAAGGGGGUGGCAAUAAAGCUGAUUCCAGUGGUGAUGGUUAUAGCAUAUUUUCCUGUCCAAAAAUUUGAAGUGUGCCAUGAUUUCUUUUUUUCUUUCUCUCUCUCCAUGCCCCAUGCAGUGUCAUCGGUACUGUUCUGUGUGUGUGUGUGUGUGUAUGUGUGUACUCGCACGUUCCUUUUUUUCAAUGUUGGACAAAUCGGUGAAGACACUGUAGUUAAAAGGAGUGUUUGAACAGCACAGGAAGAAUAAACUUGUUUUUGGUACUGCUUCCACCACUAGAGAUUCACCGGCUUUGUUAAAUUUAAACGCAUAAUAAAAAAUAAUUUAAACUGACUACCUGAACAUUUUGUUCACCUCCAACCCCUCAAGUCAUUGGCUCCUAACUCCCUUCAUAUAUGACGGAACCAAAUAUGCAGAACUGCUAUUGAAGUUUCUUACUUUGAGGAAAGUUAAGAUGAGGGAAAGGUACAGGGAAAUAUUUUUAUGGUACAACUUGAUUGUGUUUCGAUUUAGGAAUGAUAAUGAGCAUUAUUACUGAUACCAAUAGGAAGGAAUGCUUUUACGAUGUGUACAAAAGUAUCAAAAGUAUGGAAACAAUAAUUCACUUUGACAAAUCGUUUCAUAGUUUUGACCCUGAUUCAUUAGGGUGACUAUGCUUGUUGACAUUUUCAAGAAAUAUAUAAUGUGGAGAAGCAUGACACCAGUUGUUUCUGAACCCCCUGGUUAAGCAGCAUUCAGCCUGUACUAAACUCCUGAAAAUGUGCUGUAAUAUAUUUUAAAACAAAAGUUGUUAAGUGAACUGAAAAGUAUUAGAUAUAUUGCUUCAUAGAUGUAUUUUUUUAUUUUGUUUUACUGGCACAACAAAUAAACUAUCCACUAAGAAAGCUUUAAAGAACUUCUGUUCUGGACAUUUCACCCUCAUUGGAAAGUGACCAGGAUUUCAGAGCAUUUUAGAACCAGAAAGUUCAUUUCAAUUAUUUUUAAAAAAAAUAAUUGUAUACUCCUAACCCCUUUUCCAUGCAGCAUUUUAAACACAAAACAAAAAUGACACAAUAUUACAUAAUAAGUAAUUAAGUAAUACACAUAUGCCCCCACUCAGUGUGUAGGUCCUGCAUUAAAUACUAUUUCUAAUUUCUUCUCAGUUUACAUAUAGUUUACAGAUCUGAGAGGAGACCAAAAUACAGUGAGCAAAAAAGAAAAUCAAUUGUCUUUGCUAUUGUGUGAAAUUGGUUUAAACAUUCAGUGGUGUUGUAAUGAAAAAUGUGGGGCCGGGGAGGAAUUAAAAAAACUGGUGUGAGAAGGAAUGUGCAAAUUUUUUUUUCUUUGAAGACUUUUGCAUUUUUAUAAAAGCCUCUGCCCAAUGUUUUGUAUCUUAUUAUAAUUAUUAUUUUUAAUUCGCUGCUGUGUAGUACAAUACAAAACAGAAAUUUUGAAUGUGAUGAUGAUGGGGGCAAUCUGUAGAGUAAGAACGAUGCUGAUGAGUGGUGUCAUUGCCAUGCAACCUGUGUUUUGUUUUUGAUUUGAGAGAAAAUUGUAUUUUCAAGCUUGACAGAGUGGGAUUGAGUGUCAGCUAUGGGGGGGGGGGGGGGGAUCGGACUCUUCAUCCCAGUGCAUACAUAAUCUGAAAUGUAUGGCUGAAAGAAAAAUAGAUGUUAACACCAGUUCAUGGCUGCAUCCUCUACUGUAAAUACUUAUUGCUUUUUUUUCUUUUUUAUGUUAAUUGCCCCCCCCCAGUGUUGAUUUCCCUCCCUCUCUUUUCUAUGGAGAGAGCAAGGGAGACGUAGUCAGAACAUUUUGAGCAUUGCAUAGUGUUUAUAUUUAUCUGAUUGUUUUUUUUCUUGCUUUCAACAGAGCUAUUGCAAUAAAAAUGUGUUAACGUAA